CAACCCAACAACUUGCCCCAUCCUCCAUCUCCUCCAUCUGCCCCAACGACCGAUCGGGCUUGCUGUCCUUGUUUUCCUUGACCCUUCAUUUACCCUGAGAUACCCCCGCUCGCCCGCUCCUUUAGAGCAGCACCUCACUCAGCCCAUCGCCCGACCUCCCUCGAUUACCCACUCCUUCCGCACUUCCCUUCGUGUUCCAUGGCCUCGCAAACGCCGAACCAACCACGCUCCUAUGCGGGCAGCUACAUGCCCAACGGCGGAGCUCCAUCUGGUCCCACCCCCGGCGCUAUUCCACUACUCCCCAACCAGGGCCGUGUCAUUCAGUCCGGAAGCGUUAGGGUUCUCUGCAUUGCAGAUGUAAGAGGCAACCUGCAGUCCCUGAACCAGCUUGCUUCCGAAGCUCGAGCAAACUACAUCAUACACACUGGUGACUUCGGUUUCUAUGACGAUCGUUCGCUUGACCGCAUAGCGGAGAAGACCCUGAAACACGUGGCCCAAUACUCCCCGCUAUUGUCCGAUCCCGUCAAGCGCUCCAUCGCCGCGGUCCCGCCCCAAACAUCCGUCAAAGACAAAUUCCGCGAACAAGGUCUCCCACUGUCGGAACUGCCGCUCUUUCUGAACAAGACCUACACGCUCAACGUACCUGUGUACACGGUAUGGGGAGCUUGUGAGGAUGUUCAGGUUUUGGAAAAGUUGAGAUCGGGCGAGUACAAGAUUGACAAUCUCCAUAUCAUUGAUGAGGCCCAUUCACGCUUGCUGGAUGUCGGCGGCGUCAAGCUUCGUCUCCUUGGUCUUGGCGGCGCUGUGGUCAUGCACAAGCUCUUCGACAAUGGCGAGGGUAGGACCACGAUUGCGGGAGGGCAAGGCACAAUGUGGACAACUCUCCUGCAAAUGGGAGAGCUCGUGGACACGGCCCAUCGCGUGUACGACCCAACCGAGACACGUAUCUUUGUCACGCAUGCCUCUCCAGCCCGUGAGGGUCUGCUGAAUCAGCUUUCCGUAACACUUAAGGCCGACUUCUCCAUCUCCGCUGGUUUGCACUUCAGAUAUGGCAGCUCCUACAACGAGUUCAGCGUCAAUCCGACCCUUGACCACUACAGAGGGAAGCUUGCUGCCUCAAAGGCUUCUUUCAACGACGUUUGGGAAACCGUCAAAUCCGAGGUCGAGCCCGCGGUGGCGGAAAGCGAGUCGCAACAGCGACUGCUCAACCUGGCCCUUGAUAUCGUCAAUAAGAUGCCUACUGUUGCCAAUGGCGGUAAUCCUUUCGGCGGACCCGCACCAGGCCCCCAGAGCGGCGUCAUCGACGAGAGUGCAUUCAAGAAUAUGUGGAAUUUCAACCUGGCCGAUGCGGCAUAUGGUUGGCUUGUUCUUGACAUUGAUGGAGGCAGAAUCGGCACUGAGAUGCGAGCUCAAGGAUUCAAUUUUGCUCAUAGAGGCGGAAAGGUUGUUCCUCAGGGUCAGGCCGCACAACCGCCGGCCGCAGCAACGAACCAGCCAGCUGCCCCAAGCCCAGCGCCACCGCAAGCGCCUGCCCUGGUGCGCGCCCCUCCGACCGGAACUCCGCAACCUAGGCCAGCCGCUGCGACACCGCCGGUUGUUGGACAAACGCAAACCAAGGCUACCUCGCAACCGGCACGCACUGGACCAUCACCUGGCCCAGCGACAACCAAGGACGCUCCAAAACCAUCGAGCCCGCAACCAAGCGCCCCGGUAAAUGCUGCUGCGGAGAAGGCGAUCCCAAGUGAGGUCAAACCGAACGGAACGGCGGCGCCAGAGAAAGGACCGGCAUCACCCGCGCCCAAAGAGCCUGUGGAGAAGAAAGAAAGCAAGGCACUGUACAUUGCUGGUGUGAAGGAUGAGGAAGAGGCCAAAACACUCCUCGCUGAUGAAGAUAGGCCUAAAGUGGAAAAAGUUGAGAGGCAGAAACAUUUCUACAUCGCUCAUUUCACCAGCGCCGCCGAUAUGCAGGCAGCAUACAACCGGGUGUCUCCUGAGAUUAGGAGUAAUAAGGACCAGACCAAACCGACAGUCAGAAUCUAUCGCGAGCAGGGACAAGGUCGUUUUGGAAACUGGGGCCCUAGCAACCGCGGCGGUGCUCAAGGCGGCUACCGCAGCGGAGGUGCAUCCGACAGCGAGGGCGGGCGUGGCGGCCGAGGUGGCCGAGGGGGAUAUCGUGGUGACCGUGCAGGACAACGGGGAAGGGGAGGACGGGGAAGAGGAUUCCGCUCCGGACAGGGUGAAGGUACCGCCUCGCCCGCCGGCGCAGAGUCGUAAUCGUGUUCUCAGAGGCGCUGAUGCUGAAGAUAGCAGCGCCGAGCAUUCCGGCGGUGGCGUGUUAAGAUCCUUUCAGUCGAUUUUAGGAGCUGGCGCUGGACGGGUUUGGUCGCUCCCAUAUUUGGGUUGCGAAUAGCUUUUCUUCAAGCCACUUGAUGACGAAUGGCGGACGGAUUCGCUGAUGCCACGUAAUGCCUUGGUACGCUGGCACUGUGUUUCCUCGGGAGGAUUGUAUCCUUCUGUUUCAUUAGACUUGGCCGCAUGUAUUGGCGGUGCUGGACUGGUGAUGCUGAAGGGAGGUUGGAAGGAGAGGAGUUCCGGCUCGUGUAACAGGUUCUCUUAAUCUGUUAGGAAUGUAUGUAUUGUAAUGGAAGCUGCAGAAGAUAGUUCCAGAGGCCUCC